AUGGAUGUCCCCGGCUUCGCUUUGGUGACCGGCGCCGCCUCGGGUAUCGGCAGAGCCUGCGCCAACACCUUUGCUAGAGAUGGUGCAGCCGGCGUGGCGCUGUUUGACGUCAACCCCGAGGCUCUAGCGACAGUCAAGGCCGAGAUUGAAGCCAAACAGUACACAUCGUCGGGUGGCAAGCCAUGUCGCAUCGUGGUGCACCAGGUUGACGUGUCCAAGGAAGACCAGGUCGUCCAGGCCGUACAAGCCGUGGCCGCCGAGUUCGGGCGCCUGGACUACGUCGCCAACGCUGCCGGCAUUGCCGUGAAGCACGAAGGCGGUGCGGCGUUUGCCCACGCCAGUGACUGGCAGCGUAUUCUCGACAUAAACCUUACCGGCUCGUUGUUCAUCCUCAAGGCGGCUGGCCAGAUCAUGCUGAAGCAGGAACCAAUUCUUUCGUCGAUCGAUGGCCGGCCAGUACAAAAGGGCUCCAUCGUGCUCUUUGGCUCAAUUCAGUCCGUCGCCGGUAUUCCACUGUCGACCGCGUAUGCCGCAUCGAAAGCAGGAGUUCUCGGCCUGAUGAGAUCGGCAUCGGAGGACUAUGCCAAGGACGGUCUGCGAAUCAAUGCCGUUUGCCCUGGAUAUACGGAAACACCUCUCACAACCAAGAACCCGGGCGUCUUCAAGGCAAUGGAGGAGCGUGUGAUGACGGCGGUGCCCAUGAUGCGAGUGGGACAGCCCCAGGAGAUCGCAGACGGAGUUGUCUACCUAGCGGGUGGGCGCAGCUCGUUUGUGACUGGAACAGCGCUGAUGGUAGAUGGCGGAUACACGGAGAGGUAA